AUGGCAAGCACAGGAGGGGUGCUUGUCGAUGAUAUCGUGCUGGAAGUGCUCCGGAAGUCCCAGCUCGAAGCCUACCAGGAUAAAUUCGUUUUUGUCUUCAAUGUUCGACGAUUUGAUCACUUUUCACAUGUACGGGACAAGGAUAUGCAGGAUAUCGGAAUGCAGCAGCCACAAAUCAGGCAGCUUCGUGAACAAAUUCUCAAAAUGUCAAGAGAAAUGUGGAAUCGAAGCGAUCCAAAGCAGGUGUACGUGGCCGGUGACCAAUCAACACAAAAUCAAAGUGCAAUUGAUGAAAAGGCAUUCAUACCCAAUGAGCAGAUCAAGCUGUUCGAACAACUCGGAGAAGGCUCAUUCGCAGUUGUUAGGCGUGGAACUUGGGCCAGAAGCAAUGGACAGCGGAUCGAUGUUGCCGUCAAGAUCCUUCGCGAUAUCUCCCCAAACAUCAUGGACGAUCUACGAGUUGAGGCCAGCCACCUGCUCAAACUCCAACACUCCUCACUCAUUCGGCUGUACGGAAUUGUUCACCAGCCGGCAAUGAUGGUGUUUGAACUGUGCGAGGGCGGAUCGUUGUUGGAUCGAUUGCGAGAUGACAAGAAGUCAAUACCGCUGGUCUCGAAAUUACAUGAUUACUGUAUCCAGAUAGCCAAGGCGCUACAGUUCUUAGAAUCCAAACACUGCGUUCACAGAGAUGUUGCGGCCAGGAACAUCCUCCUCGCAAAGGAUGAAAAUACUGUCAAAAUUUGUGAUUUUGGUCUCAUGCGAGCACUCAAGGACAAUGAACAAAUGUACACUAUGGCUCCACAGAAGAAGGUUCCUUUCGCUUGGUGCCCACCAGAAGCUCUUCGCCACAGAAAAUUCUCCCAUGCGUCUGAUGUUUGGUCAUAUGGAGUGACGAUUUGGGAACUGUUCACUUUCGGCGAGGAACCGUGGGUCGGAUGUCGUGCCAUCGACGUGCUCAAGAAUAUUGAUGCCGGAGAGAGGCUGGAGAAACCCAAAUAUUGCUCAGAGAGGAUCUAUCAAAUCAUGAACAACUGCUGGAAAUCCAAUCCAGCAGAACGUUGCAAGUUUGGAACAAUUCGAGAAGACCUGAAUUCUGCUUUCUUCCUUGACGCUGUUGCUCGAGAAGGGUACAACUCCAUCCAGCCAGGAGCCCUCAUUCUAGCCAAAGGAGAUGAAGUGGUGGUUGUUGAAAACACGUUACGGUCAGGACGGUUUGGACAAAACAAAAAGAAUCAGCAGUUCGGAACAUUUCCGAGAUCGGUGGUGUUCGCACAAACAAACCACGCGGUCGCGGCGGCAUCCGCUGUUACUCCACAAAAGGUUCCGACAGCUCCAACGAUCAGAAUGAGACCUGAACCAGUGAUUCAAGCGCCUCCACCUCUUCCAUUCGCGUCUAAACCUCUGAAUAAUAACACAAAAACGUCAUACAACGAUCGGACGUCGAGAAUUUCCAUGCCGGUUGCUGGCUCCUUCAUCCACACCGGUCACGGAGAUCCACUCGGAGGUCAAUCGUGGGGAAACCCAUCGAAUAUCGACGAUUUGUAUCUGAAAAAUCCUGUGAAAGGAGUCCCAUUGUCAAGUAUGUCCAAUGGCGCUCAAGUUAUCGCUAGUAAGGAGUUGCUCACUAACGGAGGCAGAAGCACGCACACACCUGCUGCUCCAACCAAUCCUGCCAUGUCCAAGAUUCGAACUCUAUCGCUUGAUCUACCGGAAUACGAUGAUUUCGACCGUGCGUUUGAUGAUGGAUUCUCCCCUUCGAAGAUUGAAAUGCCACGUGGCUUUGGAAACGACAUCAUCAUCAGCAACGGGAACAGAUCAGAGGAAACGAUUUUGAUCAAGGCACCAGAACGUCGCGAUCCAACAUUCGACAUUCGAGGAAACGUGCUGAAGCCAAUCCCAAUUGAGAAGGUCCAACCUCCAACCUCAUCCAGGCCAAUUCUGGUGGCUCCAACGGCUAGUGGAGUAAUCUCAAUGCCCUUGCCCGAAAAAUUCGGAACUUCGCAGCCACACGGAUCAACGGUUUAUGUUGAUAAGCCGGAUACGUCUCGUAAUGAGCCACCUCGUCAUAACAACUCGGCCGGAUCUAGACUUGAGAAUAUGGGUCAACCAUCAUUUCUGAAUCAGCAAAAGCAGAACAUCCCGAACAACUUGAUCCCGGAGCUCCAGUCACGCUUGAAUGGAGGGAGUGAUAACAUGAUGCGACCAAGACCAGCAUCUUCUAUCGGGAUUCUGAAUAAUGGAAUGGAGAAUGCUUACAACCCCCAAAUCAACCGUCCAUUCUCUGUUGUCAACGUUCCAUCCAUGCCACAGCAACCAGCGCAAUUUCCAUGUCUGGUACCAACACCUGCACCUCAUCAACCAAGAAAAUCUACCAACCAGGAGCAGAACCCACUGCAGAAGGCGUUGGCUGAUGAGCUAAAAGGAAAUUUGAGUCGACGACCGACGAGCGGCGGGAACGCAUCGAAUGGACUACCGAGAGCAACACAAAAUGGAGCAGGGAUGCCGUUGAGUCAACCAGCCCUUCAGCCACAGAAGGUACAGCAACCAGUGAUUUCCCAGCAGCCAGUGGUUCAGAAGCCAAUUCAGCAACAGCCUGGGCAAGCAAGACCUGCGUCAGUUCAACCACAACAGGUCAAGCUCCCACCUCCAGCUGCGACCACUGCUACAGCAACGACGACAACAACUUCCCGUCCGCUGGCACCUCCAGCAACAGAGAGUCGGAAGGUCUCUGCGCCUGCUCCGAUUGCUCCGACAACCACCUCAGCCACUACAUCAGCUUCAUCUGUGGUUACGAGACGAUCAACUCAGACCAUCACCAUGUCUGAAGAAGAACGUCGAUCCAGAAUAAUCCAGGACGUUGCGUCAGCUCUUCCGGCUCCCAGUGCUCUCCUCUUGGGAUCGAAUUCCACUUCAGCUGUUCCAUCCACUACAACACAAUCGGCUGUAAGGGAUCGACCAGUAGCCGCUCAAGUGAAGCCAUCUCAACCUCAACCGACAAUGCCUCCAAAGAAGACGUCCGAGCCGAUUUUAUCAACAGAAGUUCUGCAACCAACUCGAGUGCCAAGCGCUGCAUCUACACCAAAGCCAAUAUCGCAACCGGUUCCAACUCCGCAACCAGUUCGUAAUCCAUCUCCACCAGUUGUACAAACCCGUCUUGCGGAGAAGAAACCAGCUAAUCCGCUUGCUCAGAGCACCAACGUCCCUCUCUUCAACAUCACCAAUUCAAACAUGUAUCCCCAAUUGAACAACUACCCGAAUUACGGAAACGGAUAUCAACCGUACGGUUAUGGAAUGAACUACAAUUCAGGCUAUCCAGGAGUCCAAGGAUACAAUCCUUACAUGAGUGGAAUGGGACAAUUGGCUCUGACGAAUCAAGCUGUCAACUCAUUGCCACCACUGGUUCCAUCAGAGAAUCGAUUCUCCGGCUCGGCUCAACCACUAGAUGAGUCAGCCAUCAACGAACUUCUUGGAGCACAGAAUCGUCAAGAAGCUAGCCGGGUGACUCCAAGUGCUCCAGUUGCUACUCCAUCAGCUCCAUCUGCUCCAUCAACCUCUUACCAGAACGAUCUUAGUAUGGCAGAUAGAAUGGAAGUGCUGUACAAAGAAGCGGACUUCACAGAACGCGGAAACUGCGACACCAUGGUAACCCACUGCAAGGGUGACACAGAGUUGGCUCUGAAGCUCCUCAAACAAAACCAUCUGAUGGCCAUUGGCGUGGCUAACACACCGGACCAGGCUCGCCGAGCUCUUGAGGCUCGUCAAUAUGAUCUCUCAGCUGCAGCCAACUUGCUGUUAGGAUAA